CCCAAAAAUGUUAAAUCCGGUCUACAAAUGGAACAUCCUCAGACGCUUCCCGGGUACUCUUAACUAAGACAAGUCGGGGAACCCGUUAGGAUAGCAACCCUACUCAUAAAAGUAUAAUGUUUAUAAAUAGACAAAAAAAUAGUGUAUAGAUUAUUUUUUCUGUUAUAUUCACUGACCUUUUACACACGUGUCCUCCUCUGAAGUCAAUUUACAAUGCGUCACGAAACCAUGAAAUUGAAAUUCAAUGUCAGCUAAUAUUUAAUUCUGGCAAGGUCAAGGGCGGUACCAAACUACUAAAUAACUAUCGCCGCUGUUUGCCCAUGCACCUUCAUGCAGGUUACAGAUGAUGUGCUGUCAAAGUAGUUAAAUGAAGGUCUCAUUCAAGGUGACUCACGCAAUAAAAGUUUAAUUCAAGGACAACUUCAUGCUUACGUAGGUACAAUCAACUUGUCACCCUUUGAAAUAUGAUGAUGCGCCGCCUCCCCGACGUCGUUAAGCUUCCUCUUCAAGAAAAAACUUCAUUCAGUCAGUGUUAAACAUCAACUUUGUAAAGGCGGUCAUAAACUGAAAAAAAUAAGGCAGAGAAAAUGUCUUUCUACACGAGCAACAGUUUAUUUCCUACAACUGUUCCCAUACCAAAUGGGUUCCCUGUUCAGUUAAAUGUGAAGCCUAAGAACAAAAUUAUUUUCUUGGAUGUUACACCGGUGCGGACUCCCGUCAAUCCCAUUUCUCCGAAUAUCGUGGUUCCUAUGAGGAACAAACUCGUGGAGCCACAUAUUUCGAAUGAUAUAAUUUACGAGAACAUCAAGCCUGUAUUCACGAUACUGAGAAUUAUGGGAGUUCUUCCGAUAACGCGACCAGCGCCUGGCGUCAGUCAGUUCAACAUCGCAUCUGCUUCAAUGUUAUACUCCAUCCUCGUGUUCUGUAGCCUGGUCAGCUAUAUACUGUAUCUUUCGCUUCAUAAAGUGCAGAUUCUACGCACUGCAGAGGGUAAAUUUGAAGAAGCUGUUAUUGAAUAUCUAUUCACCGUUUAUCUUUUCCCAAUGAUAGCAGUACCCAUAUUGUGGUACGAGACAAGAAAAAUCGCUAAUGUGCUUAACGGGUGGGCUGAGUUUGAGGUGGUCUACAAACAAUUAUCAAUUCGAACGCUACCGGUAAAGCUGUACAAGAAAGCAUUGGCGAUUGCUGUUAUAAUACCAAUUCUAUCUACCACCACCGUCAUCGUUACCCACGUCACCAUGGUGCACUUCAAGCCGAUGCAACUCGUACCUUACGUUUUCUUAGAGAUUCUCACGUACAUGCUCGGCGGGUACUGGUAUCUCCUAUGUGAAACUCUGAGUAUUUGCGCCAAUAUUUUGGCUGAAGAUUUCCAAACGGCACUUCGACAUAUCGGGCCUGCGGGUAGAGUGGCCCAAUAUCGAGCUCUUUGGCUUCGGCUAAGCAAACUCUCUCGCGACACCGGCAUCGCCAACUGCUACACAUUCACGUUCGUUAACCUGUACCUCUUCCUCAUCAUCACUCUCUCAAUCUAUGGGUUGCUGAGUCAGAUCUCCGAGGGUUUUGGUAUCAAGGACAUUGGUCUGGCAUUGACGGCCUUAUGCAGUAUAUUUCUUCUGUUCUUUAUCUGCGAUGAAGCUCACUAUGCUUCUCAUAAUGUACGAACUAACUUUCAAAAGAAGCUGCUAAUGGUUGAACUGUCUUGGAUGAACACUGACGCUCAAACUGAAGUGAACAUGUUCCUGCGCGCAACAGAGAUGAAUCCUUCGCAAAUUAGCUUGGGUGGAUUCUUCAACGUAAACAGAACUCUGUUUAAAUCUUUGCUGGCCACCAUGGUGACAUAUUUGGUAGUAUUGCUGCAGUUCCAAAUCAGCAUACCUGAUGAUUCUCAAAAUCAGGAAGUUGAUGAUCAACAGCCCUACAACAUCACCAGUGGUACAACCGAAGCUAUGACUACUACCACAACGGUUAUGACAACUAUUCUUACGACUCUGGCCAAGAAAAAGAAGAAACAGUAAACGUAUUCAAUAAUGUCAAAUUUUAACAA